GUCUGACCUUGAUCAUCUUGUCAUCCAACACGAGGCCACGUCUUCAUACGCGGUCGACCAACAUUGCAUGUCCAUGGAGGCAGAUGGGGUGUACAAGCUGGCUAUCCUUGGAGGUGGUCCUGCUGGCAUUGGUAUCCUCGUCCGCGCCGCACGGCUCGGCCUCCUGCCACAGCUCCUACAACCUCCCGACAAUGCUACGCGAGGUGUGGCGCUUAUCCACGGCGGACCUGUGGAGACGCUUGGCGUGGGCAACCUCGGCGACUACAUCAUCAACUCGAACACGUAUGCCAAGAGUUUGGUCACGAGUAUAUUGGAGGAAAAGCCAGAACUCGACCCACCAGAGUCGGUGCAAGGCACGUUUCUCGCGAACCUGGCGACGCAUGCCACAGCCACACGUCUCAUGGAUGCCGGGAAUACUACUAUUGCACUGGCAGAGCUCGGCAAGUUUCUAGGAGCGGUCGGCCAAGAGGCUCGUUUGGAAAUGCUCAAGUACACGGCGUCGUCCACUUGCUACGUCAACACGACCGCGUUGCGCGUCGAACGCAUCGUCGCGACAGCUCCUUCCGUCGACGGAUCAUCGGUGGAGCCAAAAACUUCCCAUGUUUGCAAGAUCACGAUUCAACCCGCGGGGGGCACUGCCACGUGCAUCUUUGCUGAGAGCGUGGUCCUGGCGAUGGGCGGAAAGCAAAGCUUGCCCACGACCGACUUGAGUGCGUCGCAGUUGGCCAAAACGUGGCUAAGCGAUGCCGUGCUUCGCGAGCCUGGUCGGGGGAUGCUGGCGAGCGCGCUGGCCGCGGCCCCGCAGAAGAAGGUGUGCAUAGUCGGCGGGUCACACAGUGCGUUCUCGGUGGCGUGGACGUUGCUUCAGAAACCCACCCAAAAAGACAAGACGAUAUCAUUUGCAGCCAAAGACAUAACGAUCCUCCACCGCGCGCCCGUUCGAUGUUACUACGCAACCAAGAAAGAGGCCGAGGCCGACGGCGUCGUCGUCGACAAACUUGACAAGUGCGGCAGUGUCAACACGUUUACUGGCCUCCGCGAAGACGCCAAGGCGCUCUUUCAAGCCAUUGAAGCUGGCAAAGAGACCCGCGUGCGGCUCUUCCACGUGAGAAAGCAAAGCGCGCCGGUGCAAACGCAGGCGCUGGACGCAGCCACAGCCAUCGUGUGGUGUUGUGGCUAUGGCACCAACAUGAUACCCUUGGUCCAUGGAGAUGGCACGCCGUUGGAAGUGAGCCACAGCCGCGGCGGGGCGGUCGAAAUCGACUUGCACGGGCGGCUCGUGCGCGCAGAGACCCAUGCGCCCAUCGACUACCUCUUUGGCAUUGGUGUUGGGUUCAGUUUGCGAGCCGCGUUUGACGAAAUGCGCACGGAAACCAGAGCCGACGGAGUGACCGUGUACCAUCGGCGGGGGGCCACGUUGAUCCUUGCCUCUGUGUUUGGCACCGUACCGGUCUACGGGCACGACUGCGUCACGUUUGAGCAAAUGGUGGAAAAGUGUGAACGGAGACGCAAAAAGGACGACAAGACUGUCACGUCCCCCAGCGCAGCGUCGCAUCAUCGGGAUGCCGCUUCACUCCAACGGUUGGCCACCGCCAAACAAAUUUCAUUGGACCGCACCACGCCACCAUCCCCCGCUGCCCCUGCCCAAACCUCCCCCGCACCCCCGUCCAAGCUCAAAGUGCCCGUGUCCACUGCAUCCACAACUUGUCAUGGUGCCACGAUUGUGGUGACGGUGCCACUGAUUGUAGCCCCCGGUACUGUCAAGAAGGGAGCUACGGGAAACGGCCUCAGCGCCACCAAGAGCAAGCACAUCACUUCGUCCCCUUCGCGACAGACGAGCCUGACGCGACGCAGCAGCUUUGGAGAAGUGCGACGGCACACGAGCCAUUCAAAUCUGAGAAUAGACCCAACUGCUGCCCCUUUCUCGUCAUCAGUGCCCCAAGCCCCAACGACGCCAUCGAAAGAUGGGAGCAUCGUGGUGUCGGCGCGGAGCUGUGGCAAACCUGCCGCUCGGUCUGUGGCCGGCGGAGCUAAGGAUGCCAUUCAAAGCAUCCGAUCGGGUACAGGCCAAAACUAGCAGUAGGACGUACGGUGGGCUUGACCGCGGUUGUUAUGGUUGGUAGUGCGCCGCACUCCACGCAAUCAAGAUGAGUCACCUCCCGUGGUCAAUGUAGAACCAGCACCUCCAGUGGCAGCCGUGCCUUGAUAGUAGCGCUUCGAUAUCACGACUUAUAACAUCGUGUAUGUAUUCACGUCGUCGAUGCAAUAGUACCUAGUAUAAUAAUGGUAUUGACAUUUGCACGAGAAGUUUCUCGUAGAAAA